CUUUCACUCUACUGCUAAAAGCAAAAGGCUGUGACACCUCUGGCUGCAAAAACUUAGCCAUUUUCUACCCUUCUUUUCCACUUUGCUUUUUCAGAAUCCUAUUUACACUACAAAUUUUUUUAAAAUAUCAUACCAAAAACCCCUGGGGAAAGGGAUCCUAGAAAUUAUUUUGUUGCAGUGGAAGAGAUGGGCGAGAGAGAGGACAGUUUGGGUUUGAGUCUCAGCUUGGGUGCCGCAAGUCAGCCCUCUUUGAAGUUAAAUCUCAGGCCAAUUCCUUCUCAGUUGUUGCAAGAUAAUCAUCACAGGAUCUCCCUCAAUGAUCUCUUUCAUUCAUCUGAUAGGAGCUCUGAUGCGAGGCCCUUUCAAAGAGGGAUUGACAUUAAUCGGAUUCCGUCAUUGGCCGAUUGCGACGACGAAACCGGCGUUUCUUCUCCAAACAGCACGAUUUCAAGCAUAAGCGGAAAGAGAAAUGAGAGAGAACAUAUUGGAGAGGAAACGGAAGCGGAAAGAACCUCAUGUUCUCGUGGCGGCAGCGAUGACGAAGAUGGCGGUGCCGGGGGAGACGCUUCAAGGAAAAAGCUGAGGCUUUCUAAGGAACAGUCGUUGGUUCUUGAAGAAACCUUCAAGGAGCACAGUACUUUGAAUCCUAAGCAAAAGCUGGCCUUGGCGAAGCAGUUGAAUCUCAGGCCUAGACAGGUGGAGGUUUGGUUUCAGAACAGGAGGGCAAGGACAAAGCUGAAGCAAACUGAAGUUGAUUGCGAGUACUUAAAGAAAUGCUGUGAAAAUCUAACACAAGAAAACAGGAGGUUGCAGAAGGAGGUUCAAGAACUCAGAGCAUUGAAGCUAUCUCCACAGCUAUACAUGCACAUGAAUCCUCCCACUACUCUCACCAUGUGCCCUUCAUGUGAACGUGUUGCAGUCUCAUCAUCAUCAUCAUCAGCAUCAGCUUCAGCUGCCAUUGCAGCAUCAACUGCAAAUCCCCAUCCUCAACGACCAGUGCCCAUUAAGCCAUGGACAGGACUAGGACUGGCUAUCCAGCAUCGAGAUCAUAACUCAUAAUUGUUAGGUUUAGUUUGGUUAGGAUGAGAUUUUGUUGGAAGAGUGUGGGUUUGUAUAGAGAUAGAGUUGGAGUUAGUUACAUAAAAGUAGUGGGGUUUAUAAAUGGAAAUGGCAACUAGGAUAAGUUGGAGGAUAAUGAUGUGACAAACGAAUCUGAAUAUCUUUUGGGUAAUGUUAUUGUUGGAAUCUGAUGUUGGACAAAAGUGGAAUUUAGCAUGUAGCCCAGUUAGCAUCGGCAAUUAUCAUUAUUAUUAUAUAAUGCUAAUGAAGGAACAUUCCAACCG